UCUAGCUACCGUUGUAUGUAUAGCCAUACCGGACGUCCCCUUUUCGUACAGUCCGCCAAUCCGAAUAGCCAGGUUGGGGAGACGUCAUCAGAGAGUAUUGGGGAAGUAGCCCGUGGUUCUCCAUCCCAGUGGCAGUCUACCAGGAGGAAGGACAACAAAGAAAAAAUGGCGACAAAUGUGGACCUGGACCAGACCCCAGAUGCCACUGCAGAGAAAUGCAGCAGUUUUGAACUGCUGGACUGGCUCAAUAAGACCCUGGACAUCAAAUUCACCCGGGUGGAGCACAUAUGCUCAGGUUCCUGCUACUGCCAGCUGAUGGACUGGAUCUUCCCUGGGUGCAUCGACCUCAGCACAGUGAAGUUUCAGGCCCAGGACACGUCAGACUUCCUCCACAACUACAAUAUGCUCCAAGCUGGCUUCAACAAGACUGGUGUCACCAAGACUGUUCCAGUGGAGGAGCUGAUAAAUGGAAAGUUCCAGCCCAACUUAAUAUUCCUGAAGUGGUUCAAGAGGUUUUUCCAGGCUAACCUGGCAGGGCAGGUGUAUAACCCUGUAGAGGCUCGCCAAGGCCAGGACAUCCAGCCUGCCAUAUUCCGCUUACAUUCUCCUCAGAGACUUCACCUCAAGGGCCACAAUUCUGCCAGCCACAGUCCCAGUCAAUCAGGGGUGUUGGAAACCGACGCGGAGGAAGAAGCUUUAGGGAAGUAUCAAAGGAAAAGUAUUAUUUAUGAGGAUAUAUGGAGGGAGACUUACUCCUGGGUGGGGGCCAGCACUCUGGGAGAGAUCUAUGCCUACUGCAGUCUGUGCGAUCUUAACCUCAACAUCUAUCACUCAGGUCUGUUUGACCUGAAGUGUCACUCACAGUCCAAGAAGCACUGCAAGCUUUCCCUGGCUGCCAGUGAUGGCACCCUAACGCCAGAGCCAGGGAAAAGCAGUCAGGGCAGCUGCAGUGACCUUCCACCCUGUAGUGAGUUGGUCUUUCGCUUCAUUCAAGCCAACUGUGUCUCUGGUCCCUCCGCGGCUGAGGACCAAGUGUCUAACAGAUACGGCCAGUAUGUCCUGGGACUACAGUACCCAGAGGACAUAGUGUCUGCCUGCCAAAAGACUCCUUACUGCAUAUACAUGUACGGAGGAGUGGUGCUAGGGCAGACUGACAUGGCUUCUGUAGUUCUAGUGGGGUAUUUUGAUGUAAAGGAAGCCAGGCACUGCAUCAGGCUGUUGGAUGUUCUGCAGCCUCCAGAUGAUGACAAUGCUGGAGAGAAAACAGCUGCAGCUCUGGUGGAGACCUUGGAGAGGUUUGGGCUUCCUGCAGCUAACCUCGCUGCUCUCUACUCAGAUGGUAAUGGUUCUGCCUCAGAGCCAAUAUGCUCACAACUCAGGGAACUCAACACCAACAUGUUGGUGCUAAGUGGGCUGUAUGGAGUGGCUGAUGCAGCCUGCCAUGCUGGGGUGUCGGAGCUCUCCACUCAGGCCCAGGAGCUUAUUGUAGAUAUCUACUCCCACUACUCCUCCUGCUCCACCAAGGAUGACAACCUGAAGGAACUGUUUUCCAGCAUUAGCGGUACUGAUGGCCUCACCCUUCCCCUCACCACCUGCUGCCUUAACUUCUGCAUGUUAGUCAAGAAGUUUUUGGGAAUGUGGACCGAUCUCAUCUCCCACUUCAGCUCCUGUAAUGAAGAGGAUAACGUAGAUAAUAAGGCUAAGCUGAUCUGCACACAGCUGCAGGACCCCAAACUCAGGGCUAUCUUCAUGUUUCUGGACCAGGCCCUAGAGCCCCUCCGUGUCUUCCAGGAGCGACUGCAUCACCAUGAGGGCUCAGCCCGGGCUGACUUGGUGCAGAUCCUACAGGAUGCCAGCGGCCUCCUGCGCUCCUAUGCCUCCAGUUUCCUCCGUCCUCAAGCCGUCGUGCUCUUCCUCAAGGAACGUGACGCCUUUCUCCUCAAGACCACAAAGUUCCACCUGCCAGGGGCAGAGCUGAAUGUGGGUGGGGCUGUAGUGGAGGACUUCCUGUGUGAGUCAUCAGAGACGGGAAGUGAAGCACUGCAGUUAUUACAGGAACAGGCUCUGUCCUUCUACACAGCGCUCACAGCCCGCGUGGCGGAGGGGCUGCCUCUUAGUGACGGUGUGUUGAGGAGCAUGGCCCAGCUACUGAGCCCUCAGGGUAGGCUGAAAGUGACAGGGAAGGCUGUGGGAGAGCUGGGGGCCAAACUGGGGCUCUGCAGCUCACCUGAGGAAAUCAGCCAGCUGAACAAGGAGUUCCUGGAAUACCAGCUGGCAGAGGAGGGAGAGGGGGACGAGGGAGAAAACAGAUGUGAUGGAGGGGUCCAGAAUGACUCGGCAGCACCUUCGCUGGAGCAACAUUGGAGCACUGUGCUGAAGGCUUCUGGGUCGACCACCAUCUUCAGGAAACUUGUUUUGACCCUCUUAGCCAUGCCCUGCCCCCCACUUGAAGCUCAGAAAGUCUUCACACAGGCUGUGGAGAAUGGGGAUGCUGACCAGUUCGCUGACAGUGUGACAGAGAGUGAGCUGGACUCCAUUCAGAAAGUAGACCUUACCAAUGAUAGCACUCUCUCAGACAACAACAGUGUCAACGGGCUUGGCAGGAAGAAGGAAAGUCCAGGUCAUUCCAGAAAGAUUCCAUCAGGAUCCCUGUUAACAAUGGAAGCAUCAAUGUGUUGUUUUCCAGGGGUGAAUUACCUUAAUGGGACAGUGAAGCCAUGCACAGUGCGGCUGCAGAAGAUAAUCAAUGGACCAAAGAAUGAGGAACAUACUGUGUUCGUUGAGGAUGAUGUCAUUUGGACAAAUACUAUGGAGGGCAACAUUAGGGGCAUUUAUGGCUGGGAGAGCAGCAUACGCCAGAAGCCACAGGCGAGAGCUGUAUUUCAGGCUGGUGCCGGUGCUGGUGCCUGGGCCAAGCCACAGGUUCUUGACAUCAACAGCAAAAAGGACCAGGAGUCUGAGGCUGUGACGACCCUGAAGAAUGAGAAUCAAACAUCAACAUCCAAGGUGUCUACUCCGAGUCGCAGGGCAGCAAAGAAGGGUGUUGAUUACCAGGAUGGGAAGGGUUUCCCCACUGGAGAGCUGGUGUGGGGAAAGGUGAAGGGCUUCUCCUGGUGGCCUGGAGUGGUGGUGCUCUGGAAGUCCAACAAAACACCGCCUGUAUCCAUGCGCCGGGUAGAAUGUUUUGGAGACGGCACAUUUUCCGAGAUCUGUACAGAGAAGCUUCUGCGUUUUGCAGCUUUUGCAAAGGGCUUCUGCAAGAAUUCCUAUGCUAGCUUGCCCACCUACAAAGAUGCCCUCUACCAGGUCCUUGAGUUGGCUGGUGAACGCUGUGAGAAGUCCUUUCUUGCAGCGGGGAAUAAACAAGAGGAGCUUAAGUUGAUGCUGGACUGGGCCCACAGUGGAUUCCAGCCCACUGGACCAGAUGGGUUCACCCCCCCAGCCCCUGCAGAUUUGAAGGCAGAAUCUUCAGACUCAGCUCUGUCAGACUACCAACCCCCAGCUAAGAAGAAGUAUGUGAAUAAGAAGAAACCAUCCUCUGGGAAUCAGGUCUACAGCAGAGGGGCAAUGCUACAAGAGGUUAUGAAAGGCAAGAAAAUUGAAGAAUUCUGUUUAUCAUGUGGAACCCCCCACAUCCACACCUUCCACCCACUGUUUGAAGGGAGUCUCUGCCAGAAGUGUAAGGAUAACUUUAUUGAGACUUUGUACAGAUACGACAAAGAUGGCUACCAGUCCUACUGCACUGUUUGUUGUGCUGGCCAAGAGGUCAUUCUGUGUGGCAAUGCCAGCUGUUGCAGGUGUUUCUGUAAGGACUGCCUGAACUUUUUGGUUGGCGAUGGAACCUUUAACCAACUGAAGGACGUGGACCCGUGGAGCUGCUUCAUGUGCUUACCAUCCCAGUGCAACGGAUCACUCAAGCUACGGCCUGACUGGAGCGUGCGGGUUCAACAGUUCUUCGUCAACAACAGUGCCCUCAAAUUUGAACCCCACAGGAUAUAUCCCUCCAUCCCUACACAUCAACGCAGACCCAUCCGGGUAUUGUCUCUCUUUGAUGGGAUUGCCACAGGUUACCUGGUGCUCAAAGACCUGGGCUUCAACAUAAAACGCUACAUUGCCUCUGAGAUCUGCGGGAACUCAAUUGCUGUGGGUAUGAUCAAACACCAGGGCCAGAUAGAGCAUAUCAACGACGUACGCACCAUCACCAGGAAACAUCUGGCUGAAUGGGGUCCUUUUGACCUCCUGAUUGGAGGAAGCCCCUGCAAUGAUUUGGCCUGCGUCAACCCUGCUCGGAAGGGCUUAUUUGAGGGCACAGGCAGGCUGUUCUUUGAAUAUUACAGGAUGCUGACCAUGAUGAGGCCAAGGGAAGAUGAUGAUCGGCCAUUCUUCUGGCUCUUUGAAAAUGUGGUGGCCAUGAGCGGUCAUGACAAGGCUGACAUCUGUCGCUUCCUUGAGUGCAAUCCCAUCCUGAUCGAUGCAGUAAAAGUGAGCCCAGCUCACAGAGCUCGCUACUUCUGGGGAAACCUCCCGGGCAUGAACAGACCUCUAGCUACCUCUCUGGAUGACAAGGUGAACCUGCAGGAUUAUCCGGAGCUUGGACGCACGGCCAAGUAUAACAAAGUUCGUACCAUCACCACCAAGUCCAACUCCAUCAGACAGGGGAAGAUGGGACCCCUACCCGUCGAUUUGAAAGGCAAGGAGGACUCCCUUUGGUGCAAAGAGAUGGAGAAGAUCUUUGGCUUUCCCAAGCAUUACACUGAUGUCAACAAUAUGGGUCAGAGCCAGCGGCAAAAAGUACUGGGCCGAUCAUGGAGUGUACCAGUUAUCAGGCACCUCUUCGCUCCACUCAAGGACUACUUUGCCUGUGAGUAGGAACCUCACAUUCCUGUAUGCUGCACUGUCAACAACAACAGCAACAUGAAAUGGCUGAUUGUUGGAGAGGGGAGGAUAAAAACAGUAUACUUAUCCUUCCCUGCUUUUCAGUGAAUGAAACUAUCCUGUGUUUAUCAGACUGACCUCAAUCAUAUUAGUCUUUUUGUACUACUGUCUGUAUUGUCUGUUUUAUUCCUUUUCAGUUAAUGAGCAGCUGUUUCAAUGCAUUGUGGUCAUAUGAUCACAGUAUUCCCAGAAUGCACUGACACUUUUUGGUUAUUUCGGUUUGUCUGGAGUAGUUCAAGUUUGUCAAUCAUGUAUUUGAUGUUUUGUUUACAUUUGGUCAAUGAUGGUGAGAUCAGAACUCAAACCCUGCCCACUAUCUACCUCAAUACUGAUCUGUGUCUUAAAUCUGCAGUUUUCUGUAUUUUAAUUGAAUUUUAUAAAUAGUCAUAAAAUCAUAUUCACUUGUAAAUAUGACUGAACCUUCUAAUGUUUUGUUACUUGUUUGGAAAAAAAGAUCCUCUGAGAAUUGAAAAUCUGAAAUUCAAGGCAGAAAAUGUGCCUUGUGUGUUUGUUUGUAUUUUAACUUGCCCAAUAUUCACCAUUGUUACUCUCUCUGUGGUGCUAGAGUAUGUUUAGGUUUUUAAUGAUAGUUGGUCACAGGACACACAUUUUGACUUGCAUUGUCUCACUUGCCAUUUAUAGACUUUAAUUUGGGUGAUAUAGUCAAGCAUGUGAAUGCUAUAUAAACCUGCAUGCUUAUUUUCUUCAAAGAAAAAGUUGCUGAAAGCCAGUCCUAACAGCUUUGAUUUAAUUAGUAAGAUGUGUACAUUCUCCCUCUCUCUUGGAGCAGUGGGCAGAGGAACGGUUUUAAUUGCAAGUGCCUACUAAACAAAUGUUUUAAACCCAGGAACAACACAUGUAGAACUAUUUUUCUCCUGUAAUUAUUAUUAAUUCUUUAAUAUUUCAAAGGGAGCUGGAGGAAAGGAAUACAUCAUAAACGUUGUCUCGUUUGUGAAAGCAAAUAUUUUAAAAUUCCCUUGUAUGUUCUUAGGGUGUUGAUGAAGGUCACAUGGAGGGCCUACUCAUAAAAUACCCACUUCGGUUUCAUGCCUGUGUUUGACGUGUGCUGUUAUGACCAGUAAACUGUGUGUUAAGUUAAAGUGAUGGUUUUAACUUCAGUGUUCUGUUCACCUCUCUCAGCAAGUUUGUUGAAAUAUACCACAACCAUUUUUCAUAGAACAACUUACUCUACUCUCUCUCAUAGAACAAGUUACUCUACAUUCUGAAAUCAUAAGUAUUGUUUAUCAUUUGGGGUUAUUGAGAUUCUUAACUAAUAAUUAGGUUUUGAACCCUUGUUCCCCUCCAGCAUCCAUACCUUCCUCUCAUGCUGUGUGUCAGUUCCAUACCUUCCUCUCAUGCUGUGUGUCAGUUCCAUACCUUCCUCUCAUGCUGUCUGUCAGUUCCAUACCUUCCUCUCAUGCUGUCUGUCAGUUCCAUACCUUCCUCUCAUGCUGUCUGUCAGUUCCAUACCUUCCUCUCAUGCUGUGUGUCAGUUCAUACCUUCCUCUCAUGCUGUGUCAUUUCCAUACCUUCCUCUCAUGCUGUGUGUCAGUUCCAUACCUUCCUCUCAUGCUGUGUGUCAGUUCCAUACCUUCCUCUCAUGCUGUGUGUCAGUUCCAUACCUUCCUCUCAUGCUGUGUGUCAGUUCCAUACCUUCCUCUCAUGCUGUGUGUCAGUUCCAUACCUUCCUCUCAUGCUGUGUGUCAGUUCCAUACCUUCCUCUCAUGCUGUCUGUCAGUUCCAUACCUUCCUCUCAUGCUGUCUGUCAGUUCCAUACCUUCCUUUCGUGAAGUGUGUCAGUGUGGUGACUGACGUCAAACUUCUCUUAACUCAGAGACCGAACACAUACUCAAUACCAAAUGGGGUUUUUCUUACCAUCUGUUUUUAAUAAGCACCAUCAGUUGAACACCUUCUGGACUGUGAUUUACGUACAUAAGAUGCUGGCCUUAUUAAUUUGUUUUUUUUAAUGACACAAAGGGAAUUCACAAUAUCGUUCUGUGUACUGUAUGUUUUGAUAACUUUUAUACCAAUACCUCAAAUGUUAUGUUAUUAGGGUCUUCACUAGACUCCUGUUGGUGCUAUAUUAUUCAAUUGUUUUCUUAUUUUCUUGCAUGGUAUGUUUAAUAUUGGUCAGGUUGGAUAAAACAUGUGUAGUUGUCCACAGACUAGUUUAAUGUAUAGUUGUCACAGUCUCGUAACUGCAUGUAAAGCUUUUGUCCCACAUCUACAGUCAUGUUAGAUUAGAAAUAAACUUCCCAAAUGGUA